GUUUUGUGUAUUCUAUUACAUGUUUUGUGAUUCAGUUUAUUCAGAAACUAAUUAGUAAUUUAUAUGCUAGAAACGGAAAUUAUAAAUUAAAUAUAUAUACCUAUAAUGGCAGGGAGUCGCUUAGAAAAAAUUGGCACUAUUUUUACAAGAAAUUCAGGUUUACUUCAGUCUACAGCCUUAAAAUGGGAAGAUCGUCCGUUGUGGUAUGAUGUGUAUGCAACAUUUCCGCCAUUAGACAUACCAAAAAUUAAAAGGCCCGAGCUGAAUAUUAAAUUGAGGCACAUAUUUUACGAAGAAGAUAAAGUUAGAUCGUAAGUUUUAUAAUUAUCAAAAUUAACAAUUUACAUCAUAUAGAUUUAUAAAUUAGUAACUUAAAAUAGACAAUUUUCAGAGUAGGUAUAUAAACAAACAAUUUUUUCUGUCACUCAUACCCAUUGAGAUUAGGGGCAUUAUAUUAAGGAAAUAAUUAUUUUUAACCAUAAAUUUAAAGCACUUCAUGGUAUCAAAUUGAUUUUAUAGGUCAGGUCAGUUAUUAACUUUGUGGAUACACGUAUCCACAAAUUAAUGUGAAAAAAUCCAUAGAAGUCAUAACAUAACUAAAAAAUCUGUAAAAAAGUCUUUAAAAAUUA